UGUCAUACUGUUGUUAAUUGACAGAAGCCCUCUGAUGAUCCUCGGGACUCUCCUGCUGAUAGAGAGUGGGUUAAAUGUCGGUGUGUUUGUGCAGAGUCACGGUCCUGGCAGGCUCGGGGUGAUUAUACAACCACACACAGAUCCUUUAGCUGCUGCUGCUGCUGCUGCGGCUGUCCACUUCCUGCUGCUGUUUGCUGUCAGACUGUCUCAGACUGUCUCAGACGGUUUCAGGUUUCAGGGACGGAUCAUGGCUGAACAGGAGGAGAAGAGCCCUGCUGGAGUCAAAUACUACAGGCUGUCAGAGAUCGAAGAGCAGAACUCCUUCAAGUCAACGUGGAUCAUCAUCAACAACGAAGUCUACGAUGUCACCAAGUUUCUGGAGGAGCACCCCGGAGGAGAGGAGGUGCUGAGGGAGCAGGCGGGAGGAGACGCCACAGAGAGCUUUGAGGACGUCGGACACUCCACCGACGCCAGAGAGAUGUCCAAAGACAUGAUCAUCGGAGAGCUGCACCCGGACGACAGAGAGAAGAUCGCCAAACCUGUGGAAUCUUUGGUGACAACUUUGCAUGACGAGUCCAGCUGGUGGUCUAACUGGGUGGUCCCCGCUCUGGCAGCCGCCAUCGUCACGCUGUUGUAUCGCAUCUACACCCAAGAGAGCGAGUGACAUCAUCAGACAAGCAGCUGUGAUGUCAUCAACAACCCCUCGUCAGCCAGUCAAACGUCCCAACAUUUGAUUGACGGCUGCACCGGCCAAUGGCAGCGCAGCGUGUUUAGUGGAAGAGUGGACUGACCGCUGCAGGAACAUCUGAUCCACGAUGAAGGCGUCAGUGACUCUCUGCUGCCGCUCUCCUGCCUCAGCACUACAUUACCCAUCAUGCAGUUGAACCAACCAAUCACACGGCAUUAUAUUAAUGAAGUCAUUACGUUGUUGAAUAUCCGAGACAUUUGAGAUGUUUUAUAAAAUCUGUGAUUUAUAAUCUUGUAGAUAUGCAGUGGAUGUAAAAUAAUUUGUAUCUUUUGUAUCUUUGAAUGUAACUUUAUAAAUAUGCAAUCAGCAGCUAACAGAGCGUCACGGCGUCACGGCGUCACGUGACUCAGCUCACAUCCUAACGUGUAACUCUGAUUACGUCCUGAGGAAACGUGUGAAGUUUUUAAUGACCGCUACGAAGCUACAGGUGCUUUUAUGAGAAUUUAAAAUACUCACUUCAUGUUUGAUUUUAAAAACGACUGCUUUCCAUGGUUCAGUUAAAGAUUGGAUUUGUUCAAACUG